AUGCCCGACUUAGCACAUCAAAUUGCCGGCCACAAGGCCGCCUUGCACAAUCCUGUUGUUUCUGAAGAAGCCAAAGCAAGAGCUCAAGAAUGGCUAGAUAGCCAUGGUGAAAAUGCUCAUUACACGACUGGUACCACUCGUGGUUACAAAGCUGAUCGAGACGACGAGGCUGAAUUGAGAGAGGAAGGAUUUCAGAGUACAGACCUUCAUGAAGAUGACGAAGCCCAGGCCAAAAAUCUUGGAAACGUACGUGGUGGUUACAAAGCUGCCGCGCACAAUAAAAGAAACACGAAAAGUGGAAGAGAGGCUGCUGAAAGAUCAUUACAUGAAAUUGAUGAUGAAGCGAAUGCUUAA